UAUCCGGGUGUGGUGUCAGAGUUCCAGGUCACUUUUAUUUUUGUUAAGCACCGGAGCUGGCUUUUGUAUGUUAGCAGCCAUGUCAUCAAAGACUCAGGGACUUCAAAGUCUUUCUGGCGUUCUACACACGGUCCAGAAAGGAGCAUUCGGUUUGAGGCAAAAGAAAAAGAGCUGGUUUUUCUUUUUUGAUGAAAAGAAAUGCCAGCUGAAAUACUACAAAGCACAGAAGAAGCAUUUGAGGGUUGUGGAACCAGCAGGAUCUAUUGAUAUUGGCAAUUCAUCUCUUUCUUUUGAUCCUCGGCAGCAAGGAUUGUUUGUCAUUCACUCUGAGGGAAAGGACUAUUGGCUAAUGGCAGACAGUCACGACAACAUGAUGCAUUGGCUGAAGGCACUUCAGGUAGGAAGAGCUCAAUGGAAAAAAGAACAGGAUGCUGCAGAGCUUGCAUUAAUUAAAUCAAAUCGUUCGACAUCUACUGUCAGUCUGGCUGUGGAAGAAUUUGGUGAUAGCAGUCUAGGACACGGAGUGUUAGCUGAGACAAGAGCUCAUAAAAAGAAAAGUCAUAGUGCACAGAACCUUAGUGAUAGAACGGAACAGCCUCGUUUGCACCCUUUGAUUAAACUACAGGCUCUGUCAGCAGCAAGUAUAGAUUCCGGAAUAGAUGGUAGCGAGAGCAUGAACAGUAUCAAAACUGGUGCCUCAGCCAAUAGUCAGACAGAAGAUCAAGACAGUCAUCUAUUAUUAUCUGCAGAUUUGGCAUCCAAAUACCUUGUUGUUGAUGAGGACUAUUUUGGUAGUAGUAGUAGUAGUGUGUUUCCGUCUUCAUCAAGUUUACAACUCAAUACAGCUACACCUGAAUCUGAAGAUACUAGAGACAAGCAAUUAUUUCAACCAGGGGCCUUUGAUAAAUCUACACAUGUUGAUGCUGCUGCUAAUGAUAGUGCUGCUAGCAAUGCUGCUGCUACUCCUGAUUGUGGGUUGUUAAGUUUAAAUUCUCCACUGAAGGAAGAAGUCACACUCGAUGAAGUCUUUUCAAGUGAUGCAACAGUCAAACUACCAGCAGAGGGAUUAGCUAUUAUUAACACGUUGAAGGAAGAACUUCGAGAGACUCGUGCUGAACUUACACGACUUAGACGUCAUAAAAUGGCAUAUAGUCAUAUGCUGUCAUCUCAAGACAAAUCAUUGAGUGAAUUGGAAGACAAUCUUGAGUGCACAUAUCAGACAAACAUUAACAGGGUUCGACAGAGUCCAGUCAAUGAACAGAUAAAGUUGUUGGAAGAAGAAUGUCGAGCUUACAAGCAGCAGAAUGCUUUUCUCAGUAAUGAAUUGAUUCAACUUUUUGAACAGAAACAGCAGGAAUUUCAGAAACACAAAGCUAUAAACAAGAAACAAAGAUCAAUUGAAGAGAAAAUGUGUCAACUGAAGUUGAACUAUGUUGGAAUAAUUGAGAAGAGUAUUAAGGACAAGAAGAGUUAUGAUGAAACUACUGAAGAUUUGGCUGAUGAAAAGGCUUGUCAGCACCUGUUUACACUGCUAAAGGAUGCUCACAAUGAAGCACCAAAGAGAAUUCCAGUAUUUGAAUGCUGUGAAGGGUGUCACGUGGAUGAGUAUGGUCAUGUACAUGAUUGGCAGAAUGAAGUGUCAAUGCAGCACUACUUGUGUCGAUUGCUUUCAGUACAUUACAAAAGCAGACUACAAGAGAAUGACCAUCACAUGAACAGAUGGCAGCGAUAUGUAUGGGAAAACAAAGAGAAAUUACAACGUGGACAGUUUGAUGGAAAAACACUGAAACAGCUAGUUCGUGACGGUAUACCUAAUUGUUACAGAGAGCUAGUCUGGAAAAGUAUGGUCACGUCAAAGGUUGGCAAACUGAUUGAAGAGAAGGGAGUCGACUACUACUCACAUUUGUGUCAUUCACAAACUUCUUCUAUUAAGCAGAUCAAACUGGAUCUUCUUCGAACUCUUCCUAACAACAAACAGUUUGGGAGGAAAUCUCGUGGAGUUGAGAAACUUGAACGGGUUUUGGUUGCCUAUAGUCUCCACAAUCCAACCGUAGGAUACUGUCAAGGAAUGAACAUGAUAGCCGCUGUCUGUUUGUUUUACCUAAGUGAAGAAGAUGCAUUUUGGUGCCUAGUUUAUAUAAUUGAGUGCCUUCUUCCAGCCAACUACUAUACUAGUUCUUUAGUGGCUGCAAUGGCUGACCAGGAAGUGUUAAAAGAAAUGUUGACUGAGAAACUUCCUGAUUUGGCAAGAAUUUUUUCCGACAGUGGUAUAGAAUUUGGCAUGAUAACUUUCAACUGGUUUAUGACUCUGUUUGUGGAUCCCCUACCAAUAGAGGCUAUGUUGAGAGCAUGGGACUGCUUUCUUUUAACAGGGCCAAAGAUUCUGUUUCGUAUUGCUGUCGCUGUGUUCAAGAUCAACAGGAAAGAUUUGCUUCAGCUUCAUGAUCCCAUUUCACUUCUUGGGCAUCUCAAGUUAAUGUCUAGGCUGAUGUUUAAUGGAGACCUUCUUUUGCAGACGGCGUUUGACUUGGGAAAAUUCUAUCAAAAAAGUCAUAUUGACCGAAGGAGGGAUGCUCAUAUGGCAGUACUAACAAGGAGUAGUCAAAGGACACGUGUUGGCACCAUUCGUGAUCCGUUGUCACGGGCAAAGAGUAUUCAUGACUCUUCCAUAAAACGAAGUAAGACUCGAGCUCACCAAUUGGUGUGGGAAUGUGCAGUUGUCAGUUCUCAAGAAGUUGUAUGGCUUUGCCAAGGAUCACAUGAAAGUGGAAGACUUGCAGCUCUUCCCUUGACAUUAGACCCUGAAUUAGCUUUUGUGGAGUACGAGUUUGCAUCUCGUCUCACCUGCAUUGCUGAGUUGAACAGUGAUAUUAUCUUGGUGGGAACUUUGUCGUGGGCGCUUGUUGCAUUCAGUGCAACGACAGGCCUGGAGCUUUGGUCAUUAAUGCUGACAGACAGUCCUGUUAGUUUGGCAUGUUCUGUGACUGGUCAAACGUAUGUGGGACUUGCUGAUGGCUCAAUUGCAUAUUUUGAAGAACUGAAUCAGUGUAUGACUGGAGAGCCUCAAAAUGUUACACUGCAGGAUGGCCUUCCUGUGAUGUGCUUGCUGUUAGCAAAUGAGCAAGAUAUGUGGUGUGGUUGUGGAAACAUGAUCUUUGUCCUCAAUGCUCAGAGCUUUGAAGAGCAUGGUUGCUGGAAAGCAGAGACAGAAGUGAGGAGAAGUGUUGCAAAGCUCGCACUAGGGAAACAUGGCAUUUGGUCAUCUGCUAGAGGUUCCUCUCUCAUCAAGUUGUGGCAUGCACAGUCUUAUGAAAAUCUGUUGGAAUACGACUGUGCAACUGUUUUGUAUCAAGGAAUCAGCAGUUUACAACAAGGAGCUGUUAAGUCAACACACUUAUCUCCAGGAAGAAUUACAGCUCUAAACAUUGCCUGUAAUACAGUUUGGGUGGGUACAGGAGGAGGAUGGAUCAUCACUUUCAACAUACAAGAUAAAGUGGCUGGAUAUUGUUCUCUUCAUCCUCUCAUGACACACAGAAUUUCAGAAGAAGCUGUUCGUUGCAUUGUGUCCAGCACGAGUACAAGAGAACUGUUUGUAUUGACUUGUCCCAACCAGGGCUUAUGUAUGUUGUGGCAUCCAGAAGAAGAUGAAAAAACAUCAGGCAAAGUUAAAUGGCAGUCUGUGCAAGUGAUGAGUAGCGAACAAGUUCUUAACCUGAAAUCGUUUCUUUAUCCAAAUGAGACUGACAAUUCACAUGGUGAAAUUGACAAACAAGUUCAAACUCUUGUAUCCAGCUGUGAGAAUGUUGAUGAAAAGCAUUAAUGUAUUUUGUAUGAUCCCGUUGCAAGGAGCGAUUCUCCUUGCAUUAAAAAUAUUUUGGUUAACUAGGUCCUGACAGGAUUGUGUCAUUUUAUCUAAAAGACACAGUAUUAGUAGUACAAUGAGAAAUAUAUAGCUACGAAUGGUUGUAUAUUUAGUUUCUUCUUGAGGUGAGACAUGCCAAACUUUCUAAACAUGUAAACUCUCAUAUCUC